AUGGCCAGAGAAAGUGAUGCUCCAAGUGUGCCCCUCACCCCGCGGCGGCCACAUGAAGCACCAAAAUCAUCAGUUUCCCAACAACCCGAGUUUGGAAAGCCCUCGCCUCUUGGCCAACCGCAGCGUUCUUCCAAUCAUCUAUUCAAUAUCCCCAAACACAACCGGGCGCGACCAGAGCAUCAUCGCGCUCCCCAACCCCCACAAACACAAACACAGCCGCAGCCGCAAUCGCAACCAACAGCCCAGCCAAACCGCCUUCCUCAAGGUUUUCGACCACCAGGCGCACCAGGAGGUGGCUCAGCCACACCCUCUGCGAGCCGAAGCGCGGCAUUUGACCCUUUCAAGCCUGUCAGGCCAUCUGCAUACACUGAGUAUCGAUCAGCCGUCCCACCGGGUGCAACUCCAAUCAAACGUCCGCAAAAUGUGAAUUACACUACCCCUCGAGCCCCUCGAGCUCUUUUCUCGUCAAAGCCCUCAGCCAAGCCAUCCAAUUCCUCCUUGAACCUCCAAAACUUCAUCGAUCUUACGUCGGAUAAAACUUCAUUCAACCAGCCAAGUACCCCACGAUAUGGGGGAAGCUCAAGCUUUGGCUCCAUUGACACAUACAGUUACGUUGAUGCAGAGAAGGCCAACGAGAACAUUAAGGCUCUCCUUGAGGGUGCAUUUGAGGAAGAGGAAGAGGAGGCUAAGCCAAAAUCAAAGGGAAAGAAGAAGGGCAAGAAGGGCAAGAAGAACAACAAAAAGCAAGCAAAGGAGUCAUCUCAAGCUGAAGUUGUCCCAGCUCCGAAGAAGGAUGAGAUUGACGACCUUGAUGACUUGGCUGCUCAGCUUCAGGGCGUCACGGUGAAUGACAAGGAAGAAGCGGCUGAAAGUCAAAACGAAACUGUGGUCGACGAAGAGAAGGACAAAAAGGUCGAGGAGGAAGGCGAUGAAGAGGAAGACGAGGAGGAUGAUGAGGAAGAGGAGGAAGAAGAAGAGGCCUUAAUCAUCGAGGGAUUGAAAGUCAACCUUCUACCUCAUCAAGUUGAAGGCGUUCGCUGGAUGUGUGACAAAGAAACUGGCCAACGCUCGGCUAAGGGUAUCAUUCCUAAGGGCGGAAUCCUCGCCGACGACAUGGGGCUGGGUAAGACUGUCCAGGCCAUCUCUCUGAUUCUCAAGAAUCGCAAACCAGAAAACGACGAACACAGCGAAAAUACCGAAUCCGCCAAGAACAAAGACGACGAAGAUGAGCCCCCAGCCAGUCGCUUGAGUGCGAGCACCCUCGUAGUUGCACCUCUUGCUCUGAUCAAGCAAUGGGAAGCCGAGAUCGCCGACAAGAUUGAGAAGACCCACAAGUUACGUGUCUGUGUAUACCAUGGAGCCAACCGCGCGAAAACCUCUGCAUCGCUUGACGGUUACGAUGUCGUGAUUACCACUUAUGGUACUCUGACCUCGGAAGCGGCAACAGCAGCCUCGGACAAGGCCAAGAAGUCAGGGAUUUUCUCUGUUUAUUGGUACCGCAUCAUUCUUGAUGAAGCGCACACUAUCAAGAAUCGAAAUGCUAAGGCCACACAAGCUGCUUGUACCUUAGAUGCCAAGUACCGCUGGUGUUUGUCAGGAACGCCCAUGCAAAACAACCUUGAUGAAUUACAGAGUCUGAUCAAGUUUCUUCGCAUCAAGCCUUACAACGACCUUGCUGCUUGGCGUGAUCAGAUCACUAGACCCUUGAACAAUGGGCGUGGUGGUCUUGCCAUCCAACGUCUACAGGUCUACCUGAAGGCUUUCAUGAAACGACGUACCAAGGAUGUUCUGAAACAGAACCAAAACGACGAUUCCGAUGAUGAGUCCACCGGUGAACCUAAAAAGUCCAAUGGGUUCAAGAUCGUCAAGCGUGAUGUUAUCAGAGUUGAUGCAGAGUUCUUGGAGGGCGAACAGGAAUACUACGAUCGACUUGAGAAACGUACGGAAAAUCGCCUCGACGAGAUGAUGGGAGGUCAGAAGGUUGAUUAUGCGGGAGCCUUGGUCCUCCUCUUGCGUCUUCGCCAAGCAUGCAACCAUCCUGAUCUCGUCAAGAGCGAUCUAGCCACAAACAAGGAUGUUCUCUUGCAGAAUGGAAACCCUGGAAGCCAAUCGUCCAAGGAAUCGAAAAAAGACGAACUGGACGAUAUGGCGGACCUCUUUGGAGGAUUGAGUGUUGUGACCAAAAAGUGUGAUGUCUGCCAGGCGGAACUUAGCAAGAGUGAAGCUAAGAGUGGUGCUAGUCGCUGCAACGAGUGUGAGGCUGACUUGAACAUCAACUUCAUGGGCAAAGAUAAGAAGAAGAAGAAGAAGAAGUCGAAGGUCCACAGACACCACGAAAUCACUACAGUUGUCAGUCCCACUGCUAAGCCUGCUCGAGCCCGCAAGAAUCGCCGAGUCAUCCUGGACAGUGACGACGAGGAAGAUGAGGCUGAGUGGAUCGUACCCGAAGGUCAACGGAAGAUGCCCAACCUCGGUCAAGCUGGCGGCUCCGAUGAUGAGGAUGCCGAGGGCGGCGGCGAGUGGAUCGGCUCUGAUGAUUCUGACACAGACGAGGAAGAGAUUGACUCUCCGUCUGGAAAGAAGACUAGACCUAUUGUACUGAGCAGCUCCGAGGACGAAUCCGACUCUGACGAUGGGGAUGAUAUUCCCCACAAGGGUGAAAAUGGCGAGCUGCCAUCGACAAAGAUCCGUCACUUGAUGAAGAUCCUCCACAAAGAGUCAGCAGACUACAAGUUCAUCGUAUUCUCAGUCUUUACCUCAAUGCUCGACAAAAUCGAGCCAUUUUUGAACAGCGCGAAUAUUGGAUUCGCACGUUACGAUGGUCAAAUGAGAAAUGACCAUCGUGAAGCUAGUCUCAAUAAGCUGAGAAACAACAGAGGCACCCGAGUUUUGCUUUGCAGUCUACGCGCCGGUGCUCUUGGAUUGAAUUUGACUGCUGCCAGUCGUGUUGUGAUUUUGGAACCGUUUUGGAAUCCCUUCGUUGAAGAACAAGCCAUCGACCGAGUCCACCGUCUCAACCAGACCGUGGAUGUCAAAAUUUACAGAAUGGUCAUCAAGAAUUCGGUGGAAGAGCGAAUUGUGGCUCUCCAAGAUCGCAAGCGAGAGCUAGCGAACAUGACCAUCGAAGGCAAAUCUGCUGCUGGCAAGUUGACUAUGAAGGACAUGAUGGCUCUGUUUGGCCGUGAUGCCGAGUCAAAGUACCAAGACAAGCAGGAGACAUUGGAUUUCAAACAGACAACUCGUCUACUGGCUUCCAAUGAGGACUCACCUCCCCCAAAGUCUCUGGUCACAUCUAACCCUCGUUACCGAGAUCAUCGGCAACAGUCUAGUCGACCUGAGGAUUCUGUCUACGGGCGACGUUGGUAA